AUGGUUAAGGAACUACCACCGCGCAAGCACAACAAGAUCGUAACAUGGGCCGAUCCGAUUGCUGAGACCAGGUUGUUUGUGAAAGAACCGUCAUCUGAAGACAUGCGUGACAUACCCGAGGACAGCGAGUAUUAUGCAUAUGAUGACAGUGAGGAAUAUGACGUGUUAGAAAAUGGAGGGAUGGACCAGGGUUCAGGGGUGGCCCAGGUUACUAAGGAAAUUGUUCAGGAAGAAGAGGAGCAGAAUAUUGAUCAGGAGGCAGAAGAGGCAUUUAAUGAGAGCAAUCUUGCACUCUACUACGUGCUCAUAAAAAACAGAGUUCAACUCAAAGUUCUCGAACAGAAUCUUGAUGAGACCAAAGAGAGUCUCAGAACGGCACUUGUUGCACAUGAUGAACUAAAAGCAGAUAUUGACAAGAAGAACAUGUUGCUGAAAGAGUGA